GAUUCGCUUAGCACGUAUAUCAUUCAGCUCCUCAUUUAAUUAGUGAUAAAAGUGGUUAGACUAAACUUCAAAAUACUUUGAUGUAUUCUAAGUGACGCAGAAAAUAAGGAAGAUUACCUAGGCCAAAUUUGGUGAGAGAUUUUUUGCAUACAUAAACAGUAUUUGAUAUAAAAGUGCAUCAUCUAUUAAUUCUCAAUAACUCAAUAAGGACGAAUUUCGCUUGCUUUUAGACUAUCGAUAAACUUUUUUUUUGUUGUUCACUAGAAGUAAAAUAAAGCAGGUGUUAAUUCCACCACAGUUACCAAAUAAAAUAGAAUUUUUAAAAUAUGCCAAAAAAUGAUGAAAUGACUAAUUCGGAACUAUAUCAAAAGCUAAUAGAAGCAAAUGAAAAACAAACAACAGAUAUUACAUCGAAAAUUGACCAUAAAAUAAAGGAUAUUCAGGAAAAAGUCGGUGAAUUGGAAAGCAAAGUAAAUCUAAUUAAUAAGAAAGUUAUAAACAAUGAAAGGAUGAUUCGUCGUAAUGGUGUGGUGGUUUUUGGACUUGAAGUGGACAAGUCAGAUUUCAUAAAGAGCACAACUCAAAAACUAAAUACACUGUUAGGAACCAGUAUUACUCGAGCUGAUUUAAACAAUAUCUACCUUGGUAAUGAAAAAGAACCAAAACCACGCAUCAACAUUGAGUUUACGUCAUAUUUGAAAAAACAGGAAAUAUUCGGAAAUAUUAAAAAGUUAAAAGGUUCUGGAGUAGGUAUUGUAAAUGACCUAAGUUACGAAGAAAGACAAAGCCAAAAAGUUUUAAAGGAUCACUUACAAAACGCCAAAAACCAAAAUCUUCAAGCCAAAAUUAAGGGAACCAGACUAGAAAUCGAGGGAGUACUAUAUAACAUUGAAGAUCUUAAGCGAUUAGAAGAAGAAGGGGCAAACAACGAAAGCAGCAGUGAAGAAGAAACAGAAGAUAAGGAAAAACUAAAUAAAAAAAAGACAAAGACAAAUAAGCGUAAAAGUGGUCAAAUAAUCUAUAGCCCACCAGCUGAACGCAAUUUGAGAAGCGGCAUCAAAAAAUAAC